AUGGCCGACGUUCAGGUGGGGGAUUCCCUCCUGGGCAUGGACGCCACAGGCAAGAUCGAAUAUUCCGACGUCAGGGCGUGGCUUCAUCGCGACGUGGAUGCACAUUCGAACAUGACUGUGAUCGAGACCGGCAUCGGGCAAAUGGUGGCGUCCGCAAAGCACAGCAUUGCAACAGACGUGGCAGGGCGCGUGAAGUACGCAUACGCGGAUGAGCUGGAGGUGGGCCACACGCUCUUCGCCAAGAACGGCUCGGCCGUUCACGUGCUCGGCACCAGCUCCCAGGCAGCGGCUGGCUUUUACAGCCCGCUCACCUACAACUCGAACUUCUUCGUUGGCAGCUCUGCUGACUCCGUGGUGCUCGCCCACGGCUUUGCUCACAACCCAGCCCCGGUCUUCUCCGCUCACAUCGUCCACACCCUGAUGAACAUUGCGGAAUUGUUGCAUGGUUCUUCGGUGCACGAGAUCAGCCCAGAGCAGCAGAAGAGGUACUUGCACCCAGUGCUGCGUGCUGUGCUUGCCGUCUGCCCCAUCGUCAGCAUCGAUGCGGAAAGCGAGGCUUCCUCUUUGUGGCAGUGGCUUCGGGCAUUGAGGGGCGCCGCAGCGGACGAGGGCGUCCAGGUCAACCUCGUGUGA